CACUGGGGGCCUUUUAACUCAUGUAACCUUUGAAAGCUGUUGAGAAUCCCCCAAAAAGAUGUACAUGCUAUUGACUGUGCUGUGCCUCAGUUGGGCCAUUGCUGAUGGCUCAGAAUGGUGCUAUACUGGCUGUGUGAACACCCCAAGUAAGUGGCCUGAAAUAGAAGGUGGACACUGUGGAGGCAAUAGACAGUCCCCAAUAAAUAUAGUCCGCACUAAUGUUAAAAAGGGUGAACAUUUGGGAAACUUCACCUUUGUCAAUUUUACAUCUCAAGAAGUCUUUGACAACAUUGUGAAUACUGGAGAAACGGUUAAAGUCAAUCUGAAAAAAAUGAUGGAGUUUCAGGGUGGUGGACUAAAUGGGACCUAUAUACCUGUUCAGUUUCACUUUCACUGGGGGGAGUAUGAUGAUCUCCACCCAGGCUCAGAGCACCUCAUUGAUGGCAAAAGAUAUGAUAUGGAGAUGCAUAUUGUGAGUCUGAAAAAGGGUUACUCACUGGAACAGGCAUUGGCAGACCCAGAAGGGAUAGCUGUCCUAGGACUUCUCAUUGAAGCAAAUGAAACUAUGAGCAAGUCAGAGCCAUGGAUCAACCUCACAUCUCACAUAAUGAACUCAACAGAGGCUGUUAAUCUGACAGAUGCAAUUUCGAUCAGUGAUUUGAUUGGAGAAGUGGACCUCACUAGAUUCUACCGGUAUGAGGGCUCACUGACCACUCCCAUGUGUAAUGAAGCAGUGAUUUGGACUGUCUUUGAGGAGCCCAUACAUGUCAGUGCUGAUCUGCUUCAGCUUUUCUCCACCAUAACAAAAAUAACUAAUAUCUAUCGGCCCGAACAAGAUCUUAAAGGUCGCAAGGUGUAUGCUUCUCCAUCAGUGAAGCUCCCUUCUGCUCAUGAGUGGUGCUAUGACAAACAUGAAUGUGAUCAUGGUCAAGAACUGUGGUACACAUUGGCACAUUCUUUCUGUGGAGGGACGAGACAGUCUCCUGUUGACAUCACCUCAAAAGAUGCCAUGGUUAACGAUCUGCUCAAUUCCUUCAAUUUCAAAAAUUUUGACCACAAAAAUGCCAUUGACUCUGUCAUUAACACUGGUCAUACAGUCAAAUGCGUACUGAAAGAUGGCCUGGUGGAAGUGUCUGGGGGAGGUCUUGGCCAUAUUUACUCUGUACUGCAGUUCCACUUUCACUGGGCAGACGUCAGCUCCGACUCCCGGGGCUCAGAGCACCUUCUUGACUCAAAGAGAUUCCCCAUGGAGAUGCACAUAGUGACAAAGAGGAAGGAUCUAACGUUGGAUGAAGCAUUGAUGACUGGCAAUGGACUGGCAGUGCUGGGAUUCUUUAUUGAGAUGUCUGAUGGUACAAAAAGCAGCAAUGCAGAAGAAACUCCAAAUCAUGAGGAGAGCAGCCAAACAACAGAGACUAAGGCCUGGAAACUUCUCUCAGGCUACUUAAGUGACAUCCAAGAGAUAGGCACCGAGGCUAAGUUCACUUCCGAGGUCUCCAUUGACGACCUGCUUGGUGAUGUGGACCGUGGAUCAUACUAUCGCUACAAUGGCUCCCUGACCACUCCGAGCUGUAACGAAGCUGUUGUGUGGACAAUCUUCAAACAGCCCAUCCAGGUGGAGCAAAGUCUGAUUCAACUGUUCCCAACUAAAAUGGAAUAUCAUAAUGUGUACCGAUCAGCACAAGAUCUCCAUGACCGGACCAUUUACACAUCCACAGCGGCUGCUUCAAAUCUCUCCACUCUUCUGGUUGUGCUGCUGCUCACCUGUGCACAUGUCUUGUGAGAACAAGGCUGAUAUGAUCAGAGUACUCUCAGUAAUAUCACAUUAGAGGUUCUAGUCCUAGCUGCUUAAUUGUUGUAAAGAAAGCAAUUGUUUAAUGUUAAUGAAUCAGCAACAUAUGAUCAGCUUAUGUAUCAUACCCUGUGCAGAUUUUGUUAUGGUGGUGCUUGUCUUUAUUUAUUAUUUCAAUGUUGAAUGUAGUUCUUAAUGGUUGUUUCACUUUGCACUUAGUUUUGUUGGAGCACUUUAAACACAAAAAAAUUAUGACUCAGGUUAGUCCACUUCGUCCACCAACGUGAAUGUCUGAAUGAAUUAAUAUUUUGAAUCAGGUGCUUUUUUGUGUCUUUAGGCAAGACCCACCUUGUCAAGUGUGAAUUGGGUGUGCGUUUGAUUGGCCUCGCUUCUGUCAUUAUCAAAAGCGGAGUGAAUGAAUAAUGGUGCCUUUAGAAAUAGUAUGUUGUGAAAACUAUGCUUAAAGGUGCACUGUGUCUCCAUUCACUAGAGGUGUUUCUAUUGCUCAAAAAAAGAAUCAUUAUUUUUGUGAAUAUUGGCGACUUUCCACAGAUCUUAUUUUUAACUUAAAGUAGUGCUGUAACCUGCUCGUCUCCCUUGUGAUGGAUAGAUUUAAUACUAUACUGUGGAACAUUCUAGACAAAGCAAUAACAUCUCCACGGAGACAAGUUCAUUCAUGAGAUUCAGUGCAUCUUUAGUGUCCAAUACCAUUUUAAGCCAUAUUUUUCUUCUUGAAAUUGACUCAAAGGUAAUCAAUAGAAACUACCUAAUUGAUUUCUUAUUGAUUUGGGGAAAACAAAAGGAUUUCUUUAUAUUUAAAAUGUAGGUUAACCGUAGCUGAGACACAUAAUUACAGAUGGAGCAGUGAAGAUGUUUUCGUAGCCUUGCAGCUGUCUGUCACUUUAUUAUGUAAUGGCUUCAUCCUCUUCAGGCAUCCGUCCUGUGACCU